AGGAAUGUCAGACAGUAAAGUAGUGGCCACACAACCACCUCAACAACUCCCCUUCCCAAAUCCUCUCUUCCAAUUUCUUUCCAAUUAUUUAAGCCAUAUUUCUCAUAUUAUAUCCUCCGUUUAUAUGUCGUUACUUACAUAUUUUUUGCUAUUUUAAAGUGAAUUAUCUGAUUUUGUCUUCUGAUUUACUGUUAAUACUUAGCCAAAUCAACAAACCCCACCUUCCAUGUGCUAUUUUGUUGUUGCCUUCAUCUGUUAAUAUUUUCCCGUGACUUCGCUGCUUUUGGGCUAUUUUUGCAUCACUUUGCUCAUCUGGGUUUAAUUAAUUUCUGAUUAUAAGCAAGAAAAGUCAGUGAUUUGAAGUGGGUUUUUUAUUUCUGUAUCUGGGUUAUGGAUGUUUGUUGUGAUGUUGAAGUUGAUGUUAAUGGUGAAGGUAUUUUCAUGGUGGAUAAGAAAGUUUUAUCUUCCUUCUCAGGUAGAUUAAGGCAACUAUUUGGUAAAUCUGUAAGUAAUGGGAGUAAUUUAAAAGUGAUAUUUCAUGACUUCCCUGGAGGAGCUGAGAUAUUCGAGUUGGUUGCAAGGUUUUGCUAUAAUAAUGGCAGCAUUGAAAUAAGUCCAACUACAUUGAGCUUUCUCCAUUCUGCAGCAUACUUCAUGGAAAUGAGAAAAUCUGCGUCUGGGACUGAAAAUCUAAUAGAGCAGACUGAAAAAUCACUUGAAGAGAUUAGCUACUGGACUUGGGCAGAUCUUUUGUUGGCUUUAAAGCAAAACCAAGAGUUGGCUGUAGAUAUGAUCAACACAUGUGGUGUGGUUCAGAAAUGCCUUGAUACUCUUGUUGGAAGGUUGGCAUUGACUGCUGAAACCAGCCCGUGUCUAUCUACUUGUUCACCUGAGAGCUUUGGUUUUCGGAUUUCAUGUGAUUCUCGUAGUACUGAGAGCUUCAAGACAAGCUGCUGUCGAUCAAAUUGGUGGUUUGAAGAUCUAUUGGUACUAAAUCAGAAUUUGGUUCAACUGGCCAUUAAAUCUAUGGUUUCUCAGAAGUUUGAUCAUGUGACCAUAAGUAGGUUCCUUUUUCAUUAUCAAAAGUCGAAAUUCAUUUCCGCCCAAAUUGAUGACAAGUGUAGAAUAAUUGAGAUGGUCGUCAACAGUUUAUGUUCCCUUGAUCAUCUGUCUAUUUCUUACAAGAAUCUGAUGGGGAUUUUAAGAAUUUCGCUAAGUCUCAACACAAGUAAGUGCAGCAGAAGUAGAUUAGAAGGUAUAAUUGGUUUGAGAAUGGAUGAAGCAACAUUGGAUAAUAUCCUCAUUCCUUCACCACAAGGGGUAAACUAUUUAUAUGAUGUGAACCUUGUUUUGAGGUUCCUGAAAUCAUUUCUUAGUGGCGGUCGUCUAUCUAAGGUUUCAAAUGAUAGAAUUACAAGAGUAGGCCACUUAUUGGAUUCAUAUUUGGCAGAAGUAGCUCCAGAUCCAUGCUUACGAUCUUCCAAAUUUAUCGCUCUUGCAACUGCAUUACCUGACUCUUCUAGAGACUCUUAUGAUGAAAUGUAUCAUGCCAUGGAUAUGUACUUAGAGGUUCAUACUGAUUUAACUGAAGAAGAAACAUUCAACAUUUGUUCUGCCUUGAACUACGAAAAGCUCUCACCAGAAGCCUGCGUUCACCUCUCAAAAAAUAUUAAGUUUCCAUCGAGUUCUACUGUGCAAGCUCUCCUUUCUCAGCAAACAAAGCUUAAAAGCUUGCUCCUUGAUGCAAAUUACCCAAACUCAGGAUCUUCUUCCCCUUCCACAACAACUGGAGCCAAAAAUCAAAAGGAAGAAUCAAGUCAGCAGCUUGUGCUUUAUGCAGGAAAAUUCCGUGUUAUGACCGAGAACAACAACAUUAAAGCACACUUACAAGGAAUGCAAUGCAGGGUUACAGAAUUGGAGAAAGUUUGUCAGAAAAUGCAAAAUCAGGUGGCCAAAAUGUUGAGAUCAAAAUCACCAAGCCAUAUGAAUCCCAAAUCAUUGCCUAGAUUUUGCUCGUAAUGCCAACGUAAACCAUACAUAUCUUCUACUCAUUUUUUACCACAAUUUCCAGCAUUUUUAUGUACAGCUUAACAGAUUAAUCAUUAGUGUUUAUUUAAAUAUAUAUAUUUUUGCCAUUCUUCUA